CCCUCUUCUCCAAAUAGUGGUCUAGCCAGCAUGGCGGCACCAGUUUUAGAAGGCUCUGUCCGUACUUUCACUCCGAAACCCGUCGUUAAGAACUUGUUAGACAGCCCGUACCAGCGCACAUGGCCAACUCUGGAGAAAGGUGUCACUCCUGAAAUUCUCAACAAGCUCAAAAGGUUGGUAUGACAUUAGGUGAACAAUCCAGAUAGUGACUUUUUCAAGGUUCAGUCAGUAUUCAAAUUACAAGAAAUAUGGAGUUGGAACCUGAUACUGCUGAGAUAGGCCAAAAGGUCACGGAAUACGAGAAGUUCCUGAACGAACGACUCAAGGUGGAUCUACAGAAAACUCUCGACAGUCGCGAUGAAAUCUACGCCAAGAUGUCGGAGUAUCUUCAGCUGAAAACAAACAUUGAGCGAAUGCAGGAGGUGGACUUUCCCAAAGGCGAGCUGAGGACUAAAGUGGAUUUAGGAUGCAACUUUUACGUACAGGCGAAAGUUCCGGAUGUUAGCAAGAUCUUUGUGGCGGUGGGGUUCGGAUUCUACGUAGAAUUCACGCACAGCGAGGCGCUGAAGUUCAUCGACAAGAAGAUCGAACAUCUGACAGAACAUGCAGAGCGCCUGACAAAGGAUUCUGGGAGAAUAAAAGCACAUAUUCGGCUGGUGAUCGAAGGGCUGAAAGAACUGCAAGGUCUGCAGGAUGGGCCGGAAGAACAGGAAUUCAGGGACAUCUGGGGUUGAGAAAUUUGGUGCCAAGUGGUUACCUUACCUGGCUGAAGGUUCAGAACCAGUGAUUAUGUAGCCCUGCAUCCUCUGCUGCAUUCACCGCCUGUAGAGAUUCAAAGUCUUGAGAAAUGGGCUCUAAACUGUGCUUGUCAUUAAAAGACCACCGGACACAGUACUUGUUUUAGAACUUCUCCAGGGAAGACUUGUAAAAAUUGUAUAUGCAUAAGUAUAAGAUAACUUGAUAAUUGGUAACACUUUGUAUUGAGUGUAUGAGUUGUUGCCAUAUUUGCUGUUGACAAGGACACUUGACAUCCUGUCCUCAAAGUCAGCAAAAACAGUAGAAGACA